AUGACAGAUAAAUUGAUCCUGAUCAAAGAAAAGAAGACCUGGGAGGACGCUUUGAAUUACUGCAGACACAACCACAGGGACCUGGUGUCCAUCACUAACCCUCACCAGCAGAGGUGGGUCCAGGAGAGAGCCAAGCAGGCCGACUCUGACCUCGUCUGGCUGGGGCUGUCCUACAGCUGCUUUCUGGAUUUGUGGUUCUGGGUCAACGACAACGUGGUCUGCUAUGAUAAGUGGGACUCAAAGGAGCCGGAGGGGCGCUGUGAUAAGGCUGCAGCCAUGAAGAAAGGAGGAGAGCAUGAAUGGGUCAGCAAGUUUAAAACUGAAAAGUUCAAUUUCAUCUGCACCUUGAAGCAAGUUUAACCCUCUGAACCCCAACAAGGUCUUUCGGGGCGUUCUUUUGCUCAUUUUAUAUCUUACUCACUGUGGCCUAAUAUUUAACUGCAAUAUUUCCUUUUUUUUUUUUUUUUUUACAAAUUAAGUAAGUCCUGAAGCUCUAUGGAAUCAGCACAAUCAUUGCUAGAAGUGAAAAUAGUUAAAACAUUUCUUCAGUAUAACACAGUUACAAUGACAUAAAUCAUAAAAAAAAGUUAAAAACAAGUGCCCACAAGUGUGAUGAACAUGAAAAAAUAGUGUCUCCAAAUGCUAUACAUAUUGAACUAUUUACAUGUUUCCAGCCUCUCCUGUCCUCUCCUCUCAGCUCUGUGUAAACAGAUGUUCAGUGAAUAUUUGUCAUUGUCAUGGCUUCACAGUGUCUCUGAGGAGCAGAAUUUAAUGUUUUUAACAGGAUCUAGUUAUAACAAACACUUUAUUUUUGGAGACAUUUUAAACAAGGUUUGUAUAAUAAAGUGAUUACGACCGUGAUUACGUGAUAUCACGUGAUAUCACAAUUUUGAGCUUUGUUUUGGUUACUUUUUUUAAUGGAAAAUUAACCCAAUUAACCAAUGAUCUGUUCAAGGACUGUCAGAAAGUUCACAUUUCAACAAUAAUGGCUGUUUCUUUCUACGUUAUACUGUGUACUUUGGCGAUAUUUAAAGAAAAAAUAUGCUCUGAGGGGUUCAGAGAGUUAAACCUGCUCUAAUUUACUGGGUCAGACUUUAUUUCUGGUGAUUUUUUCUCAACUGCAACGACCUUACUAAUAUGUACUUAUGUCCAUUUUCCUGGUUAAUUGAAUGAUAAUAUGGAACAUGUAAUCUAACAGCUUGAAGAGGUCAGAAACAAAACCCCUGAUAGAAUCUAUAUAUUGAGAGAAAGUGGCUACAUUGAGUGAUUUUAAUGUAGCAUGCCAGAAGAAAAGUUUGUUUUAAAAAAUGUGUUUAUAAUUAUAUUCUUUUCUCUUAAAGUGUGGAUCUUUAUAUCCUAAUGUAUUUUAUGAGACUAUAAGUAUAAAUCUAUAAUGUUUUGCUUAUCACACUCAAAAAAAUGUCAAUUUCUGGUGUGAGAUUUGGUGAUGGUUAUAAUAUAUCACACUGUAUAUUAAUCAUAGUUACAUUUUUGGAGUUUUAUGUAAGUGGAUAAUUUGUUUGUCUAAGGCUGAA